AUGGUCCGCCUAAAACACCGCUACAUCCUCCUCGACAUCCUCUACCCCGAUCCCUCAACAUGGCCCCCAGCCACCUCCCGCACCAACAAGAACCCUCAAUCCAAAUCAAAGUCGCAAGCACAGCUACAAAUCCAUUCGCCCACAUCCGAUGCCCUAACACCGGGCCUGCUAGCGAAAAUGGUCAGAGAGGAAGUCUCACUCAUGUUUGGCGAUUACGGCGUCGGUAGAUUGGGUGGUGCAGGCGCGGGGGGUAUUAGUGUGAAAUACCUCUCCCCUGCUACCUCAACGGCUAUUAUUCGGUGUCCUCGCGCGUCGUUCCGGCUUGUGUGGACGGCGCUGACCUGCAUGUCUCAGGUUCCCGGUUUUAGUGAGGGUGGGUCGAAGAGGACGACGAGAGCUUGCGUGUUUCGGGUCAUUAGGGUGUCCGGGACGAUGCGGAAGGCGGAGGAGGAGGCGAUUCGCAGGGCGAGGAGGGAGAUUGUGCGGUUGAGGGAGGCGGAGGAGAGUGGGGUUUUGGAGGGGUUGUUGGGGGGGUUAGUGGAUGUGGCUGGGGAGGAGAGUACGCCGGUUACUGGGGAGGAUGUGGUUGGGGAUGUGAUGAUGGAGAGUGAGGAUGAUGAGUGA